CCUUUCACCGUCUCUUUCUCUCCCAUCAUCGAAUCCGCAUCUCGUCCCCAUUUUUGCUCCAAGAAGGGCUCGAGAAAAGAGCGAGAGAGCGAACAGGCAAUGGCGAUAGAGAUGGAUUUCUGCUGAGGUUUGGCCGAUCGCUUGGCUUCUUCGGUUGCUGCGAUUGAAUUGUGGAAACUCGAUCGGGUUUCCGGCGGUUCUUGUGGGUGUUUGUGAUUUUUUGUCGUAGAGGGAAUAAAUAAAUGGCUGCUGUGGCGGAGAAGGCGGUGGGGGCGGACGAUCAGUUCGUCCGCCGCCAGGCCCCGGCGGCGGAUGCGGAGUACCGGAGCGACGUGCUGAAGCUGGUUGAUUUGCUCUCCAAAUUGAACCCCGCCGCUGAGGAGUUCGUCCCUUCUUCUUGCACCGCCGCCGCCGGCGGUGGCCGGAAAUCUGACUGCCGCCUCUCGGCCGAUGCCCCUGUUUUCGUGGCGUCGAAUGGAUUUUAUAGCAAUGGAGGGAUUGGUAAUGGUGGUGGGAGCAAGGAUUCGAGCAGCGAUGGAUCAUCGAAUAAUCGGCCGAACAGCGGCGAUGGUUGGAAAUCCAAUGUCCGGCUUUCAGCUGAUGCCCCUGUUUUUGUGGCGUCGAGUGGUUUAUAUAGCGAUGGACUGAUUAGUAACGGUGGUAGCAUUAAGGAUUCGAGCAGCGAUGGAUCAUCGAAUAAUCAGCCGAAUCGCAGGGGUACCAUUUUAUCUCUUUGCCAGAGAAGAAAUGGCUAUAAUCAGGGGCGAAGAAGGAUGAAUGAAAGGGUUCGAAGGGCCGACAGAGAGGAUAGCAUUAGGCGAACUGUUUAUGUUUCUGACAUUGAUCAGCUUGUGACUGAAGAGAAGCUCGCUGAGAUAUUUUCUACCUGUGGCCAAGUAGUUGAUUGCCGUAUUUGUGGUGACCCCCAUUCAGUUCUGCGAUUUGCCUUUAUAGAAUUUUCAGAUGAAGAUGGUGCAAGGACAGCUCUAAAUCUUGGUGGGACUGUGCUUGGUUUCUAUCCAGUCAAGGUCUUGCCUUCAAAGACUGCAAUUGUGCCUGUGAAUCCAAAGUUUCUUCCUAAGUCUGAGGAUGAGAGGGACAUGGUCAUAAGGACAGUUUACUGUACAAACAUCGACAAAAAGGUAACUCAAACAGAUGUCAAAGCUUUGUUUGAGCAUUUCUGUGGUGAGGUUUCUCGUCUACGACUUCUCGGUGAUAAUAUACACUCUACACGUAUUGCUUUCGUUGAAUUUGUUCAGGCAGAAAGUGCAAUCGCAGCUCUGGGUUGUAGUGGCAUGAUUCUGGGAGCUCUACCUAUCAGGGUGAGUCCUUCGAAGACACCAGUGAGGCCACGCAUAUCUCGGUCAAUCUCAAACUGAAGUGAGUUCCAUGACAAUUGAACCCUGGCAAUUUUCAUGUGCUGAAUCACAUCUGCUUGCCCGCAUGACUCUCCAUAAAGGCCUUAAUGCUUGAAUGAGACUAUGUUGCAACUAGCUCUAUGUUCCUUCUAUUUGUUCCUCUUGGCUGGAAGAGCCAAAGAAACUUGGUAGGAACAGAUUAGUUUUCGGUAGCUAAUGUUAUUUACCCGACCAGUAAGAGCCCUUUAACUGAACCAAUUAUUUAACCCGUGAGCUACAUCAUGUUCUAAUGCAACAUGAUAGCUUGUUUACCUUUCUUUCUUUA